CGGACGGUUGGUUAGGGCCUUUGUAUUGAAACCGGCGACCCAAGACCCGCAAGAAAUCUCUCGAUUUGUAUUGAAACCGGAACAGAGAUGGAAUCCUCGCAGACCACCGGAGCAGCAGCCUCCGGCGGUAAUGGUACGCUUAACCCCCAAAACAACGAUGCUUCACCUGCUGAAUCAACAGUUACGGCAACUACUUCGUCAUCCGACGAUCCCAAGCAAAACCUAAACCAAGUCAUAAAUUCAAUUCAGAAAACCCUAGGAACCAUCCAUCAGCUCUACCUCACUGUCUCUUCCUUCAACGUUUCCUCCCAACUCCCGCUUCUCCAACGCCUAAACACACUUGUUAUGGAGAUGGAUAAUAUGGCGAAAUUGUCAGAGAAGUGUAACAUACAGGUUCCGAUGGAGGUCUUAAAUUUGAUUGAUGAUGGGAAGAAUCCAGAUGAAUUCACGAGGGACGUUUUAAACAGCUGCAUUGCUAAAAACCAGAUCACUAAAGGAAAAACUGAUGCUUUCAAGGGGUUGAGGAGGCAUCUUCUGGAGGAACUUGAACAAGCAUUUCCUGAUGAAGUUGAAGAUUAUAGGGAAAUCCGUGCAUCUUCUGCAGCUGAAUCAAUGCGCCUUGCACAAGCACAAACCAUGUUACCAAAUGGAGAUGUCAAGCUCAAACCUGAGAUCUAGUAAACUUAUUGUUAAAAAAACCUUUGUUUUAAACUCUCUCUUUCUCUCUCUAUAUAUAUGUAAACAGGUAAACAUCAACGUUGAUGCUUUCAUUUA